GCUUCCGGUUCGCGGUUGCUAGGCUACCCGGGCCCUCACAGACGGCAGUGGCUGGCGGGUGCAGCGAGUUUGUCCCCUUACCCACACACUGCUUGGCCUCUAUACCUAAGUGCGGUGGCCGCCUGCCUCGCUGGGGCUUCUCUGCCGCACCCGUCCGUGCUGCUUGGGACGGGCCAGGGCGCGAAGGCGGUCGCACCCAUCGCUCUGCCCUCCUGAGAAGUUUCUGUUUUCCUUCGCUCUUCCUACGCUUAGGAAACCCCCUCACCACCUGCCCCGGACCAGGUUCCUCUGAACCCUAAAGGGCCCGCUCUCCCAACCCCCUGACCUUUUUCCAUCGACACUGACCGAGACGACUCCGUCGCGUGCUCCCAUCCCCAUUUCUUUCACUUUCCUGUGGCGAGCAUCUCCCUUCUCAGGGAAAGGGAACCAUGGGACCAGCACCUUGGGAAGAAGAGGCGGGAAGACACGCUGCCCUCCCUGUCUCAGCUUCUCCUGUGUAAUCAGCUGCCUAUUUGGAAAUUGGGCAGGAUUUGCGACUGGAUGCUAAUGUCACUGACUAGUUUUCAUUCUACCAUCCAGAAGUAACAUGUUCCCAGCCUUGGAAACGCACCUAAAGCAGACUAUUCCUGAUCCUUAUGAAGACUUUAUGUACCGUCACCUCCAAUAUUAUGGCUACUUUAAAGCGCAGAGAGGCAGUUUCCCAAACUCUGCUACGCAUCAGCAUAUUCGGAAGAAUAACCCUCAGUACCUGUUGCAUGGCUCUCUUGGGGGAAAAGAUGAUUUGAUACCAGACACCCUGCAAAAGGAGAAGCUUCUAUGGCCUACCAGUUUAUCUUCAGCUGUGCACAGACAAAUAGAAGCCAUCAACAGAGAUCCACGCAUGCUGAGUUUACCACAUCUUAGGAGCAGGCAGCUUCUUUAUGAUGAGUUGGAUGAAGUAAAUCCACGUCUUCGAGAACCCCAAGAGCUCUUUUCCAUUUUGUCUACCAAGAGGCCGCUGCCGGCUCCAAGAUGGCCAAUCGAAUGUGAGGUCAUCAAGGAAAACAUUCAUCAUAUUGAGUGGGCUCCACCUCAACCAGAAUAUUUCUAUCAACCUAAAGGAAAUGAAAAGGUACCAGAGAUUGUAGGAGAGAAAAAAGGAACAGUUGUCUAUCAAUUAGAUUCAGUGCCUACAGAAGGUUCCUAUUUCACCAGUUCCAGAGUGGGAGGCAAACAAGGAAUUAUCAAGGAACUUGCUGUCACAUUGCAAGGACCAGAAGAUAAUACUCUACUGUUUGAAUCAAGGUUUGAGAGUGGGAAUCUGCAAAAAGCUGUCAGAGUAGACACCUAUGAGUAUGAACUCACCUUGCGAACCGACCUCUACACUAACAAACACACUCAGUGGUUUUAUUUUCGUGUUCAGAACACCAGAAAAGAUGCCACCUAUCGCUUCACCAUUGUCAACUUGCUAAAACCCAAGAGUCUUUAUACUGUAGGAAUGAAGCCACUCUUGUAUUCCCAAAUGGAUGCCAACACGCGCAAUAUUGGCUGGAGGAGAGAAGGAAAUGAAAUCAAGUACUACAAGAACAACACGGAUGAUGGGCAGCAGCCCUUCUACUGUCUCACAUGGACCAUUCAGUUUCCAUAUGACCAGGACACUUGCUUCUUUGCACACUUCUACCCAUAUACAUACACUGAUUUGCAAUGCUACCUCCUGUCAGUGGCAAACAACCCCAUCCAGUCUCAGUUCUGCAAGCUCCAAACUUUAUGCAGAAGCCUAGCAGGAAAUUCUGUUUACUUGCUCACCAUCACCAACCCAUCCCAGACCCCUCAAGAGGCAGCUGCAAAGAAAGCUGUGGUCUUGAGUGCCAGAGUCCACCCUGGGGAAAGUAAUGGCUCCUGGGUUAUGAAAGGCUUUUUGGAUUUCAUCCUUAGCAACUCCCCAGAUGCCCAGCUCCUCAGAGAUAUUUUUGUCUUCAAGGUGCUUCCCAUGUUAAAUCCAGAUGGUGUGAUUGUGGGGAAUUAUCGGUGUUCCUUGGCUGGAAGGGAUUUGAACAGGCAUUAUAAAACCAUUCUGAAGGAGUCUUUCCCUUGUAUUUGGUACACCAGGAACAUGAUCAAAAGACUUCUUGAAGAAAGAGAGGUUCUGUUGUAUUGUGAUUUCCAUGGCCACAGUCGUAAGAAUAAUAUCUUCCUGUAUGGCUGUAAUAACAACAAUCGCAAGUACUGGCUUCAUGAACGAGUCUUUCCUUUAAUGUUAAGCAAAAAUGCACCAGAUAAGUUCUCUUUUCACAGUUGUAAUUUUAAGGUCCAAAAAUGCAAAGAAGGAACGGGACGAGUUGUUAUGUGGCGGAUGGGAAUCCUAAACAGCUACACCAUGGAAUCUACCUUUGGCGGGUCCACCCUGGGUAGUAAAAGAGAUACCCACUUUACCAUCGAAGAUCUGAAGUCCUUAGGUUAUCAUGUCUGUGACACCCUUCUGGACUUUUGUGAUCCUGACCAAACCAAGUUCACUCAGUGUCUAGCAGAGCUUAAGGAGCUUUUACAACAGGAAAUCCACAAGAAAUUCCAUGAACUUGGACAAGAUGUAGAUAUAGAAGAAAGUUGGAGUGACAUCUCUUUGUCUGACAUUGAAUCCAGCACCGUUGGCUCUGACAGUUCUCUCUCUGAUGGUCUUCCUGUUCACCUAGCAAACAUAGCAGAUGAGCUGACUCAGAAGAAGAAGAUGUUUAAGAAGAAAAAAAAGAAGUCACUUCAGACUAGGAAACAGCGAAAUGAGCAGUAUCAGAAAAAAAAAUUGAUGUGGAAGUUAAAGUUAACAGAAGAUACCUCAGAAAGGGCAGGAUUUGUUUCUACUCUGCAAAAGCAUCCAGCCUUUUUCAAAAACUCAGAGAAUUCCAGUUUUUUACCAAUGAGAAGUGAAAACCCGAGGUUAAAUGAGACAAAUUUAAAUAGAAGAGACAAAGACACCUCCCUGGACCCAUCAAUGGCCACCCUGAUUCUGCCUAAGAAUAAAGGGAGAAUGCAGACAAAUUUAAAUAGAAGAGACAAAGACACCUCCCUGGACCCAUCAAUGGCCACCCUGAUUCUGCCUAAGAAUAAAGGGAGAAUGCAGAAUAAGAAGCCAGGCUUUACAGUAUCAUGCUCUCCAAAGAGAACCAUAAACUCCAGCCAAGAGCCAGCUCCAGGUAUGAAGCCAAACUGGCCUCAGAGCAGAUAUCCUGCCACAAAGAGAGACUGUGCUGCCAUGGUGGCAUACCCAUCCUUGCACAUAUACACAUACCCGUAGGUGAGCCUGGGUUGUGCACACAAGGACUUCGUCGGGGAUUUUGAGAUUAGACACAUUUUGUAAUGGGGGAGAUGUAUGACUGGGAACUGCAUUUACUCGUGGUAUACUGUAUUGUGCACUCAUCAUGCACUGACCUUACACUUGGUACUUACACUGUGGGCAUGUGGUCAAGAUGCAUACCUCAUGAAUUCAACUAUUUUUUCAUAAAAUGAAAUUUUAUUAUGGUGUAUAAAAAUGCUUUAGAGAAACUGAAGUGUGUUCUCAUGGCACACUUCAUGGCAGGACAGAUAUACCUCAUUUUAACCAAUAGAUAAUUCUCUCUAAAAUUAUGUGCAAAUCAAUUUUGAAAAAUGAAACUCUAUGUUAAACGCAUUUUGGGAAUGUGCUAUAUAAAAAAAAAAGUGUUGUGUCAAAGCUUUCCAGGGACGGUCAGUCCUACUGUUGUAUGUCAGGUUUGCUCAGAAUGAGGCAUUCCCACACAGAAAUCACAAUGCAUGCAUGUAUUACCCAGAAUUUAAUGUUGCGUAUCUUAUGUUCAACGAGGUUUUGUAAAUUUUUUAGCCUGAUGAUUAAAAUGCUUUCUCUCUAA